GACGAUGUAUCUUGGGUUUAAAUCAUCUAAUGAUCCAUUUAUUGAAAUAAUAUAACGCAGUUCAGUAUGUUCUUGAGGGAACAUGGGAAAGAAGGAUAGAAAUAAAAAAGGAGCGUCAAUAAAUAAGUCCUUCGUACAGCAAAAUGAGAAAAUUAAGACUCCGUCCUAUAUACAAAUGCUCAAGUUCUCAACCAAAGGCGAUAGAUUUCUGAUGCUGCUAGGCACUGCAGCCGCUCUAGCUUCUGGAGCUGUUGAUCCACUCAACCGACUUUUCUUCGGAGAACUCACUCAGAGCGUCAUCGAUUAUGCCCGUAACUGCUCCGUCAACGCGCAAGUAUGUUCAGACUCAACUGACGCGUUUAUGGAUGCGAUUGCUGAGUUCGCCUACAAGAAUGCUCUCAUUGGAGUUGCCUCUCUCAUUCUUUUGUAUGUCGCGUCAGAAACAUUCAACUACACCGCUAUCCGACAGGUGUUUAAAGUAAGAUCGCUGUACUUGAAAAGCCUGUUGAAUAAAGACAUAUCGUGGUAUGAUGUAAACACCUCAGGAGAUUUUGCUAGCAGGAUGGGAGACGAUUUAUCGAAAUUCGAAGAGGGAAUCGGCGAAAGGAUUCCCCUCUUCCUAGCACUACAGGGGAGCUUUAUAUCGUCCUUGGUCCUCGCCAUUGUUAAAGGGUGGGAACUGGCUCUGAUUUGUGUGGUAUCGCUUCCCAUUUCAAUAACUUCCACAGCAAUUAUAUCGUUUUUUAUUACCAAACUCUCUAAAAAGGAGCUGGACGCCUAUGGUGCGGCGGCUGCCGUUGCUGAAGAGGUGCUUUCCUCUAUUCGAACAGUGGUCGCAUUCGGUGGACAAAACAAAGAAAAGGAACGCUACGACAGCAAACUUAUCACUGCCAGGAAAUGCAGCGACAAGAAGACAUUUUUACAGGCCAACUUCUACGGAAUAUAUUGGUUUUUUAUUUUGUCCAGUUACGGUCUCGCAUUUUGGUACGGCAUCAAACUGAUGCUCAGCCAACGGGACUGGGACGAUCCCGUUUACACCCCUGGAAAUAUGGUUACCGUGUUUUUCAGCGUCAUGACAGGUAGUCAAAACUUUGCUAUUGCGGCGCCGUUCAUCGAAUUGUUCGCUGUUGCCAAAUCGGCCGGUGGUAAGAUAUUCCACAUCAUUGAGUCGAAACCAGUGGUCAAUUUAUCGAAGGGCAGCGGCGAAAAGGGCGAUGGUGUUCAGGGAAACAUCAAAUUUUCAGACGUCAAUUUCAGUUAUCCUUCAAGAAAUGACGUACCAAUCUUGCAAGGACUUAAUUUGGAAAUAACGGCAGGAGAAACGGUCGCCCUCGUUGGAAGUUCUGGAUGCGGAAAAUCGACCGUAUUACAAUUGAUCCAAAGAUUUUACGACCCGAAUGGAGGAAAGGUUUUUGUUGACGGAGUAGACAUCAGAGAUCUAGAUCUAUCUUGGUACAGAUCUUUCAUUGGGGUUGUAGGUCAAGAGCCGAUACUUUUCGACAAUACCAUCGAGGAGAACAUCAAGUACGGAUACCCAAAUGCGACUUUCGAAGAUGUCGUCGCGGCUGCAAAAAAAUCGAACGCUGAUAAUUUUAUCAACAUGCUUCCCAAUGCGUAUAAAACCAUCGUAGGUGAAAGAGGUGCUCAGUUAUCUGGUGGGCAAAAACAACGGAUAGCAAUCGCUAGAGCUUUGGUUAGAAACCCUGCGCUACUCUUGUUGGAUGAAGCUACGUCAGCGUUAGACACCAACAGCGAAGCGAAAGUUCAAUCUGCAUUGGACUCGGCAAGCAAACAAUGUACGACCAUAAUAGUCGCUCACAGAUUGUCGACGAUAAAAGGUGCUAACAAAAUCGUAGUUCUAUCCAAAGGCUCUGUGGUAGAACAAGGGACACACGAAGAACUAAUGGCUCUCAAAGGGGAAUAUCAUGCUUUGGUAACCACCCAAGCCAAGUCGGAAGAAUUAUUAGAAAAAAAUUACCAGCGGGAAAGUACCGAAGUUGAAGACGAGGACAGCAACAUUAAACUUGUGAAAGAAGAGCUGACCGAUGUGGAUCAGGAUGUAGACAUUUUCGUAAAAAAAGCAUCGAUCUGGUCUAUAGUCAAAAUGAACGCUCCUGAAUGGUUUUAUCUGAUCGUGGGAAGCAUAGGUGCGGCUUUGAUGGGCUGUUCGAUGCCUAUUUUUGCAGUUAUAUUUGGUAGCAUACUGCAGGUUCUUGAAAACACGGACGCAGACUACGUGAGAUCAGAAACAAAUAAAUACUGCCUUUAUUUCGUCGGCGCCGGUGGCUUGGCAGCCGUUUCCACAUUUUUACAAAUGUACAUGUUCGGAGUAGCGGGUCAAAAGCUUACGCUAAGACUUAGAAGUCAGAUGUUCGAAGCCAUGCUGCGUCAAGAAAUGGGUUACUUUGAUCGCAAAACAAACGGAGUUGGUGCGCUCUGCGCUCAGCUUUCCGGUGAAGCAGCUCAUGUUCAAGGGGCCACUGGGUUACGGGUUUCCUCCAUCAUGAAUUCAAUGACCGGCCUCGUACUCGCCGUGGUUUUGUCUGUGUACUACCAAUGGAAAUUGGGUCUUGUGGCGCUGGGUUUCUUCCCGGUAAUGAUAGGCGCUAUGUUUCUUCAACGGCAAAUGUCAUUCGGAGAGAACGAGGAAUACCGCAUCUCUUUGCAGAAGUCGACUAAGGUUGCUGUAGAGGCGGUGGGGAACAUUCGAACAGUGGCCUCCCUUGGGUGCGAGGAGGUGUUUUAUCAGAUCUAUGUAGAGGAACUGCUUCCGCAUAUCAAAAGAAGUAUCAAAGGUACGCACGGACGAGCAUUCAUUCUUGGAUUAUCCAAAGGGUUAUCUUUCUUCGCGUACGCUACUUGUAUGUACUAUGGAGGGUAUUUAAUUAAAGGCAAAGAAGUGGAGUAUGGCGACGUGUAUAAAGUAUGCCAGGCCUUGAUAAUGGGUACCAAUUCCAUCGCUAAUUCGUUGGCAUUUACGCCCAAUAUGGACAAAGGACUCAGAGCUGCCAAAAACAUCAUGAAUCUCCUUAACCGCGUUCCAAAAAUAAAAGACAAUCCCGAGGCCGUAGACAAAACUUCGGCUAAUGGCAAUGUCGAGUAUUCCAACAUAUCCUUCUCAUACCCGACAAGAGAGGACGCAACCAUUUUGAAUGGGUUAGAAUUAAAUGUUCUCCAAGGCAAAACAGUAGCCCUGGUAGGAUCUAGCGGCUGUGGCAAAUCUACUAUCGUCCAGCUAUUGGAAAGGUUUUACGAUCCGACCUCUGGAAAAGUCUCUUUGGACGGCGACGACCUCAAAAAAAUUACGCUCUCCUCUUUACGGUCCCAUUUGGGCAUCGUAUCUCAGGAACCGAAUUUAUUUAGCAAAACUAUAGGAGACAAUAUAGCUUACGGUGACAACUCCAGGGAAAUUGAUGAAGGCGAAAUCAUCGAAGCCGCCAAGAAAGCAAAUAUUCACAACUUCAUUUCAUCACUGCCAUUAGGUUAUAACACCAAACUAGGGGAAAAAGGAACUCAAUUAUCAGGAGGCCAGAAACAGAGGAUAGCAAUUGCCAGAGCCCUGGUGAGGAAUCCUAAAGUUUUGCUGUUAGACGAGGCAACAUCCGCUCUCGACACCGAAAGCGAAAAGGUUGUUCAGGAAGCACUGGACAACGCAAAACAAGGAAGAACUUGCAUCACCAUUGCUCACAGAUUGAGCACGAUUCAGGACGCGGACUUGAUAUGCGUCAUAGAUGGCGGAAAGGUGGCAGAAAAAGGGACACACCACGAUUUACUAGAGAAGAGGGGUUUGUAUUUUAAAUUGCACACUCUUCAGCAUAAAUAACUGUUCCUCUCUUAAGAACUAAAUUUCCCUAUUUUGUGUAUAAGGUGU